AUGAUCAGAACCCAGAAGUGGAUGGCGCUUUUGACGGGGUUGGUGGUGUUGGGGACCCUCAUGGUGUUGUUACGGGAUAAUAACCGUCCGUUUAUCCCCAACACCACCCCGUUCAACCCGGGGUCGGCGGUAAACGCCGGCAACGCCAACGUGGCUCGGCCACCGGCGGCGCCCUCGGCCGCCAACACCGGGGCGGAAAAGGUCAACGAAGAGCUCAAACAGGGCGUGGAUAACGUCGACGAAGGCAAAAAGGUGGCCGAAGCCAUCGCUGAUGCCGAAAACAAGCCGGCGCUGCCAUCGAAGCUGCCAGAAAAGGCGCUUGAAGACGCCGAGAGAGCUCAAGAACAGGGCGAUAAGGUGCCGGCAAACGUCGUCGGUGAUGCCGAGAGCAAGAAGCCCGACUUGACACAAAUGGCAGGGUCUACCGGGGCUCUCAAGUACUUCAAGCUCGUGCAAGACCCCGACAACCAGCCCACCGAUGGUAAGGUGAGAGGGGCGUUCGUCACCCUUGCGAGAAAUCUGGAUUUGUAUUCGCUUAUCACUUCAAUUAAGGGUGUGGAAGACCGGUUCAACCACCGCUACCACUACGACUGGGUAUUCUUGAACGACGAAGAGUUCAGUGACGAAUUCAAAAAGAUCACCCUGGCCAUCAUCUCUGGUAAAACCAAGUAUGGCGUCAUUCCUAAGGAACACUGGCUGUACCCGACUUUCAUUGACCAGCAAAAGGCCGCCGAAGUCAGACAACAGAUGAAGGAAGACAAAAUCAUCUAUGGUGAUCUUGAGCUGUACCGUCACAUGUGUCGUUUCGAGCUGGGUUUCUUCUGGCGCAAUCCGUUGAUGGAUGAGUACGACUGGUACUGGCGUGUGGAACCCGACACCACCAUCUACUGCGACUUGGAGUACGACUUGUUCAAGUACAUGCAAGACAACAAUAAGGUGUACGGGUUCACGAUCUCGAUCCACGAAUUUGAAAAGACGAUCAAGACUCUUUGGAAGACGCUGAUGCUGUUUGUCAAAGAACACCCUGACUACAUUGCUGACGACAACUCGAUGGACUUCAUCUCGGACAAUAAUGGCGAAACCUACAACUUGUGCCACUACUGGUCGAACUUCGAGAUCGCUAACCUCAACUUCUGGAGACUGAAGCCUUAUGUCGACUACUUUGAACAUUUGGAUAAGGCCGGUGGCUUCUUCUACGAACGGUGGGGUGACGCUCCUAUUCACUCGAUCGCGGCGUCGUUGUUUUUGCCUAAGGACAAGAUCCACUAUUUCGAGGAUGUGGGCUACCGUCAUGGGGUCUAUACCCAAUGUCCGGUCAACAGCGACUACCGGGCCAAGCACAAGUGCUACUGUGACCCAGCGAAGGACUUCACCUUUAAGGGCUACUCUUGUGGCAAAAAAUGGCACGACGUCUUCGACUACCCCAAGAUGAAAGGGUGGGAGGACUAUCAAUAG